CCGCAAAUCUCCCGUUCGGAUACCCUCUCUGCCUUUUUUAAGGGAUCUGCGUCAACUUGGUAGCAGAAUUGGCAGGCUGUUGGUAGAUUUUUAGCAGACGAAGACCAGGGAGAGGAGAGUAUAAAAGGGCAAAUCCUCCCUCACCCAUUCUCACAUCACCUCUGAUUUGAAACGGUUGCAGAGACAGAUCAAGGAUUUGGGACAAGUCGUCGUCGGGGUUGUUGAGACAAUUCCAACUUUUUGUUUCACUUUUGCUGCAACCAUCAUCUGACGCGGAGACGACAGAGACGUUCCUCAAAAGAACAAAGCAACCACCAAGAAGCGUCAUUAUCAUCGUCAUCAUGGUUGGUUGGCAAUUGGUGUGUCUCUUCUGUAUGACGUUGUGGAGGAUGGAAGUUUGGGCUGGUCCUACAAAUCGUCACUACGCCGAAGGAAGAAUAAUUUACAACCCCAGCCACCUUUUAGAUUAUCCACAAGCCCAUGAUAACACUGAAGCCCAAAACUCAACACAACAACUUCCUGUGGAAGAAUCCGGAUUCUCUGGUUUCCCCGAAAAAAAUGAAAGCAAAAGAAAAUCUGGAGCUAUUAAAACGACUCGAAUCAGAAGGACACCAACGGGAUUUUCUGCUCGAGGAUUUCAUGAAGAAGUCUUUGAUCGCGACUUUGGUCACUUUUCUCCAGUCAAGCGAAGGCCAGAAUCCGAUGCUUCAGGAUUUUAUGGAGAUACUUUCUCUGGAGGAUUCGGGGAAUUUGAGACGAUGAAGAGGAAAAUGCCUUCAUACGGAUUCAAAGCCAUGAGUAAAAUGGAUCAAGGCAUGAUGGAUCCCAGAUACCUUCUGAUGCCCCAACAACGCCUCAUGGACGGUAAGCGGAGCCCAGAAAUGACAAAGUCAGGUUUCCACUCGGACGUUUUCAACAAUGGUUUUGGGGAAUUUCAUCCCAUGUAAUUAGUUGAAAUCAAUUGCGUAUAACGUACACACUUGUAUUAUCUUAUCUUGUCUAAUUAGUAGCGAAAUUUGAAGUUGGGAGACGCAACUUGAGACGAAAAAGAAUUGUUAAGUUACUGAAUUAGCAGAGCAAUGUGCGGCUGCUGCAUUUAUGUAGAAUUAUGGAAUUAAAAAGUUUAUUGAUUAAUUUAUUAAAGAGUUGACUGUAGUUUCCUAUAUACAUAAAUAUGUAUAGAAUAUAUAUGUAGUUACGAGUACAUGCUAAUUAUUACUGUUCUUAUAGGAUAUGUACGUUCUUAUAAAUUAUAUAAAGUUAAGCUUACAGGCUCUACAUUAUUACGAUGUCUUAAAUCAUUUAUUAGCUUGAAAAUAAUGUCUCAUAAUUUCAUUGUCACUUUCACUCGUUGCUUUUGAAAGCAUGUGUGUCGCAUUUGCUUAAUUCUUCGCUUUCAAACUCCAUAUUUCCUUGACACAUAUGAUGAUUAGAAGUAAGUCAAAUAUUAUACAGGUCCCAUAGGUAAAAUUGCAUAUAUACAUAAUUAUUAUACUCACUAAUAAAUAAUUCCGCCACGUCAUUUAACAUUUUAAAAGUAUGUCAGUAUGUGAAAUAUAGCUGAUGACAGAUGAAGAGAGAUCCCCUAAUCAAUAAUAAGGCAUGUAUUGUAUGAAGUAGGUGAAAGAGGAGAAAGGUGGUUGGCUCAUUAUUAAGUUGUCGCGGUUUGACUAUUGGAGCUGAUGAGCAAUACCUGCAAAAUUGUUAUUGGAUUGAUAAUGAUAACAAUCUCCAGAAAUUCUGUCUGUUAACCUUCGGCCUUUGUCAGUGUAUGAAAACUGUUCUUGAACAAAUUUGCGGUCAUCAACCAGUUACAAAACCGACCGAAUUCACCCACCCUUUCAUUGGAUUGAUGCUAUUUUAUUAUUACUAAAUGUGUAUGAUCUUAAUAUGUAUGUAAUGUUUUGUGUCGCCUAUUGAUUAGGUUAUGCGACUCCCUUAUCUUCCUAUCAAUGUAUAUUCAAUGUUGUAGAUGUCUGAUUCGUAACGUAGUAAAUUUGCCAAUAAAAUCACUUCUUCGACUUUAAUGGCUAUCAUGCAAUGCA